AUGGCGAGCGCGACGGGCGUCCCCGAGCGUCGAUACUCAGACAUCGAGUCUGACGGCGCCGAGCAGCGCGAGACUGAACCGCUCCUCGGUCGACCCGGCGAUGCUGCCCAAGAGGAAGGCGUCCCGAUGUUCAGGAACCUAGUUCUCGGAACGGGCAUCCUCGCCCAGAUGGGCAUUCUGUUUCUCGUCGUUCUCAUCUGGGCCAGCGUGCUGACCAAGCCCUUGAUACUCUUCUCCGGCCACCCGCUCGCGCAGUCUCUAGCAAUCCUCACGCUGGUCCAGUCCAUCCUGACCCUACAGCCCACCCACACUGCCGAACAGAAGCGAAUCGGCCAGCGCAUUCACGCCUCGCUCAACUUGGUCGCGUUUCUCCUCUUGGUGGCUGGCGUCACCAUAAUCGAGUACAACAAGUUUGCUAGCCAUGGCGCCCACUUCCACUCGCUACACGGGUACCUUGGCGUCACCUCCUGCAUCGUCCUCCUGCUGCAGUACCUUGUCGGCUUCACCAUGUGGGCAACCCCAGCGCUUUACGGCGGCGAGCACAACGCCAAGUCCAUUUGGAAGUACCACCGCUAUAGCGGGUACGUGGUCCUUGUUUUGCUCCUGGCGACAGUCGUCAGCGCUGUCGACACUGACUACAACAAAAACGUCCUUAAGCUGAAGUUAUGGGCUACUGGAUCGCUGUCUCUCUUGGUUCUCGUGGGGAUCAUCCCACGCAUUCAGAAACAAAAGCUCGGGUUCAAGGCGCCAUCGCUAACGUGA